CUCUGUGGGCUUCACCGAUCUCUGCUGUCGCUGACCCUGGAUUAUUUGGCAUCUGUCAGUUGAGACAGCAUGAAGGGCAGAUUUUGGUUAAUCUUUCCUUGCUGUUUGUUACUUCUGAAUCUUCUAACAGGAGGCACCUGUUCAGAGGCAGAGCAUAAGCUCUUCUCUGUGAUAUUCUCCAAGUAUAACCAAUACAUAAGACCAGUGGAAAAUGUGUCCGACCCAGUCAUUGUGCAGUUUGAGGUGUCUAUGUCACAGCUGGUCAAAGUGGAUGAAGUCAAUCAGAUCAUGGAGACCAAUCUGUGGCUGAGGCAUAUCUGGAAUGACUAUAAACUCAAAUGGAACCCAAAAGAAUUUGGAGGGGUUGAGUUUAUACGGGUACCGUCCAGCAGGAUAUGGAAGCCAGACAUUGUCCUAUACAACAAUGCAGUUGGAGAUUUUCAGGUUGAUGACAAAACAAAGGCGCUGCUCCGCUACAAUGGGGAUGUUACAUGGAUCCCUCCUGCAAUAUUCAAGAGCUCUUGCAAGAUAGACGUCACCUACUUCCCUUUCGACUACCAGAACUGCACAAUGAAGUUUGGCUCUUGGACGUACGAUAAAGCUAAGAUUGACCUGGUGCUGAUUGGCUCUACUAUCAACCUUAAGGACUUCUGGGAGACGGGGGAGUGGAUGAUAAUUGACGCACCAGGCUACAAACACGACAUUAAGUACAACUGCUGUGAGGAGAUCUACACAGAUAUCACAUAUUCGUUGUACAUCCGACGUUUGCCUCUAUUCUACACCAUCAACAUGAUCAUCCCCUGCCUGCUCAUCUCCUUCCUCACGGUGCUCGUCUUCUAUCUGCCCUCUGACUGUGGUGAGAAAGUCACCUUGUGCAUCUCUGUCCUGCUGUCUUUGACUGUCUUCCUCCUCGUCAUAACAGAGACCAUCCCUUCCACCUCACUCGUAAUUCCCCUGAUCGGCGAGUACCUCCUCUUCACCAUGAUUUUCGUCACCCUCUCUAUCGUCAUCACAGUUUUUGUGUUGAAUGUCCAUUACCGCACGCCAAAGACGCACACCAUGCCCUGUUGGGUACGGAAUGUGUUUCUCGGACUGCUACCCAGAGUGAUGUUCAUGACCAGGCCAGAGAGGGACCCCAAGAAGGUGGCUGUGGCUGCCAGUGUUCAAGCGGUGCAUUUGAGACCCUGUGCUGUUCAUUCGUCAGGCGCCCUACAGAAGCAGCAUAAGCCUCAGGCUCUGGCCUCCAGCAUGGUGUCCAGCCUUACAUCUCGCCAGCACCAUUUUAACAACACAGAGCUCUCCAAUCUUAAUAAUUUAAGCGGAGACUCAACCAAAUGUGCAGGCUCGGGCUUCUUGUGCCGCGAAGGGCGCUGCAACUGUUGCUGGCAAAAAAGAUCUGGCAAACUGCCUUCAGACUCUGGAGGAGGGAGCGGAGGACUUGGCAGCCUGGGGACCUUGACCAGAGCCAGUGCCUUAGGUGGUGGAGAGGAGAGUCAGUGCUCUAGCUCUGAGUCUCUGGAUGGAGGAAUAAUGUCCCUUUUGCCGCUCUCCCCUGAGGUCAGGGAAGCCAUUGAGAGCGUUAAAUACAUAGCCGAGAACAUGAGAUUGCAGAACGAAGCAAAAGAGGUUCAAGAUGACUGGAAGUACGUAGCUAUGGUUAUUGACAGGAUCUUCCUGUGGGUGUUUGUCCUCGUGUGUAUCCUGGGAACAGCUGGCCUCUUCCUCCAGCCUCUAUUACUUGGAGAGGACGUUUAAUUCACUUUCAGGAAAAUAUCCCGCACAGAACCUGUGGCACAGGUAACAGGUUAAAAAAAAGUGAACUGAGAAGAAACAUUAAGCGAGUACAAAGAGAAAAACAGUAAUUGGGACCCUGAUUUUUGUUUGUCUGUUUUCUUGUCCAGUGGUUUGUUGGCUGGAAUAGUUUGUUGGCUAAUUCAUGUUGAACAGACUCUGAUUUAAAAGGAAAUGCCACAAAUUGUAUUGUAUGGGCAUCCAUCACCCGGACACACCGGUGAAGAAAAAAGAGCUGGCAUACUUAAUACACAGUGUGGCUAUCUUUGUUCUUUUUGGUUUUGGUCUUCAUUCUAACAAUAUUCUGUCAAUAAAUGCUGUCUGAAGCUAUCUUAUACACAGGUAGGCUCAGCUGGCUAAACCAAUGAUACAACUGAUGUUUUAGCUGUCCAAUAAUUCUCACAAAUGUACACAAACAUAUGUCCUGUAUGCCACAUGAGCUGAAAGCAAAAAGUCAAGGUAAACUCUGAAAGAUUAACUUAAAAAUUAAAUAUUCACAGCAGAAAUACCCUUAAAACUAGAAAAAGGUGCUUGCAUAUAGUAUCAAUCAUUCUUAAUAGGAUAUUGUGUGUAAUUAUAGGACAAAUCUGAUACGGAGUCUGACAUCUUGUGGAUCCUCAUAAUCAUUGUUUACACUCUUGCUUGUGAUAUCUAAGCAAAAGUUUGUCAGUUUGGUUGAUUGUUUUCAUUUAACAUUGUGUGGACCAUCUCUUCAAUUAAUUUUAGAAAUGCUGGGUGGUACGGUGGUGUGGUGAUGAGCACUGUCUCCUCACAGGAACAGGGCCCAGGCUUGGGAGCCUUUUCAUGUGUCUGUCUUGUAUGUCUCUGUGUAGCCCUAUCCAGGGUGUACCCCAACUCUUGCAGAAUGGGUUAGGCUCUUUAUUUUGUUCAAACAUCUCAGCAGGCAUCCGUCCAACCUGUAAUGUUUCUUUGAUUUUUUGUGAAGAUCUUGGUGUUUAUCUCGAUGCCAUUUUCUGGGGUUCAAGUAUUAAAGUGUAUACUGGUCUGGGAAAUAUUCAGGCUUCUCCUAACAUAUGCAGAUGUUUUGCAUUGUAGCCAUUUGGCAGUUGCCAAAAUGUGUAUUAUUACAAGAUGUUUUCACUAAGCCCUAAGGUGUCCAGUGUCUAGUCACUCUGAACAGAGUAAAAAAUAAAUAAACCAGAGCC